GUCCGCGAAAGUGUGAGCAAAGUCACCGGUAGCUUCGCGACACUUGGUUGUGGUACGAAGGAAGUAAAACAAACAUAUUUGUGGACCCCACUCCGAACUUCAUCAUCAACAAAACUUGUUAAUCCCUCAGCAGAGUCUUCGUCAAUUCAGUAAUUUAAACCCAUGUUCGGUGUUCCUUUCCCUUAUAAAAUCCCAAGAUGAAUCCCUUCUGAAACACACACAGAACGCAAAACUUUCCCAACACACAACAUGGCUGGAGCCUCCCUCCGAGACACCACGGGCUUGAACGAAGACCUCAUCGCAAAGGCCUGUGCUUUCGCCUUCAAAGCUCACAAGUCGCCGGAAAAACUCUACCUUUCCGAAAAGCUUAAGAUUUCUUCCGAGGCUUCCCAUGUUUUCGCCUUCACGGCCUCCUGGGACUCUGCCCAAUGGUUCCUCGACAAACCCUUUGGAGAAACUAAGAUAGAUCUUGCACUCUUCCCUUCGCUUCGAAGUAUUGGUAACGAUGAAGCUGCUUUAGCCAACCAAGCCUUUGCAAAAGCAUUCGACCGCGUGUUUAAAACUACCAACCUUAAAUCCGAGGUGAAAAAGGCUAUGGGAGAAGGGAAGCAAGUGGUUUUUACGGGGCACUCAUCUGGGGCAGCAGUGGCCAUUCUGGCAACGUUUUGGGCCUUGGAAGAGUACCUUAACCCAACCAAAACCCAAAACCACAAGCCUCCCUUUUGUGUCACUUUUGGUUCUCCCUUAAUUGGCAACCAUAUAUUCUCUCACGCUUCAAGGAGAGAAAAUUGGUCUCGCUAUUUCAUACACUUUGUUUUGAGAUAUGACAUAGUGCCUAGGAUUUUGCUUGCUCCCUCCUCUUCCAUUGACCAAACUUUUAGCUCAAUUCUCCAACUCUUGAACCCCAAGUCCAAAACUUCCACCCAAGAUUCAACAAGGGCAAGUGUAGUUUCCGAGUUUUACUCCACCGUGAUGAGGAACGCAGCCAGUGUUACAAGCCACGCUGCGUGUAUUCUUAUGGGAAGCACCAAUUUGUUGCUAGAGACAGUGGCGAGUUUUGUUGAGUUGAGCCCUUAUAGGCCCUUUGGAACGUAUGUUUUCUGCAACGGGAAUGGACAGCUGAUUGUGGUGAAAAACUCGGAUGCUGUUUUGCAACUCUUGUUCCACACUGCGCAGCUAAGCAACUUGGAAGAACUUCCUGAAGUUGCCCACAUUACCAUAUUGCAGCACCUGGCCUAUGAAGCUGAAUUGGAGGAUAGCUUGGGAAUGCAGAAUGUAGUGUACUUGGAGCAACUUGAGAAACUUCCCUUGUCUGCUGAUGGUUCUAAUAGUGAUGCUGCAACUAUUAGCUCAGCCUUGGAUGGCCUUGGACUGAGCACAAGAGCAAGGCUGUGUCUAAGAGCAUCUGGUGAGUUGGAGAAGCAGAAAGUGAGAAACGAGGGGAAAAUCAGCAAGGAGAUGAGGGAGAAAGCUGAGGCAAGCAUGAGGGAGCUUGAAGCAUACAAAACAACAUGUGAGGUGCACAAGGGGAAGGGCUACUACGAUGCCUUCAAGGUGCAAAAGGAGGGAAACGACUUCCAAGCCAAUGUGAAGAGGCUUGUUCUGGCAGGAGUGUGGGAUGAGGUGAUUGAGAUGCUUAAGAGGUAUGAACUCCCAGAUGAGUUUGAAGGAAAAGCAGAAUGGAUUCAUCUGGGAACCGUUUAUCGGCGCCUGGUGGAGCCUCUUGACAUCGCCAACUACUAUCGGCACUUGAAGAACGAGGACACGGGACCUUACAUGGUGAGGGCAAGGCCAAAACGUUAUAGGUACACUCAAAGAUGGUUGGAGCAUGCCAAGAGGGAAGAGCUGAAAGGUGCUGUCACUGAAUCCACCUUUUGGGCUGAAGUGGAAGAGCUUUUCUUCUGGAUCAAUGGCAACAAGAGUUUUGAUGAUGUUAAGCAAAGAGUUGUGCAGCUUGAGCAAGACAUUAGGAAGUGGACUGAUAGAGGGGAACUGACCAGAGAUACGUUCUUGAAGGAUCCUAGCUUUGUCAAGUGGUGGGAAAUUCUGCCUCAGGAACACAGGGUCACUUCCUGCAUUGCUACUCUUGUUAAUGCUGUGACGGGAUAGUGACUAGUGAUUCAUCUUUUUUCCACUCCAAAUGAAGCUAUGGAUUUAUUUAGGAUAUGCUUUUGAUGUACGUGUAUGUAAUUCUCAUGCAGGUGUAUUAUAGCUACUUCACUGUUGUAUUGUAACUUUGUAUUUCUAUGGUUUAUGAGAAUGACUUGUGAGAACCACAAAUCAUUCAGACUGCUGGACUAAAUAAAUUUGUUUCAUACUAUAUAGCAUUUGUGUUUGUGAGA